AUGAAGCCACCGCCAUUCUCUUCCUCUUCCUCCUCUGUUUUUCGCAAGGCCCGCCUCUCCCCCUACCUCUUCACCUUGCUCGCUUUCAUCCUCUUCGUCGCCGUCCUCUACGGUGAGGACCUCAUGUGCAUCUUCGGCCAGCAGCUGCAACUCAGCCCCAAAUCGGACCCACUCGUCAUCAGAACCGGGAAGAAGAGGGAGAAGCUGCCGUUCGCCAUAGGUAAGAGCGAGGAAGGCUGCGACAUAUUCAGUGGGAGGUGGGUUUGGGACGAGUCUAAUCGGCCGCUUUACGAGGAAUCGGAGUGUCCGUACAUUCAGCCUCAGUUGACUUGUCAAGAACACGGACGACCUGACAAGGAUUAUCAGAAAUGGCGAUGGCAGCCGCACGGCUGUGAUCUUCCCAGCUUCAACGCAACAUUGAUGCUCGAGACACUACGUGGGAAGCGGAUGAUGUUUGUUGGUGAUUCUCUGAACCGGGGUCAGUAUGUUUCCAUGAUUUGUCUUCUCCAUUCGCUCAUCCCCGAGGAUGCCAAAUCUAUGGAAACCUUCGACUCAGACUCACGAACUGUUUUCACUGCAAAGGAGUACAAUGCCACAAUUGAGUUCUACUGGGCGCCAUUUCUUCUCGAGUCAAACUCCGAUAAUGCUGUCGUCCAUAGGAUAUCUGAGAGGCUUGUCAGGAAAGGGUCCAUCAAUAAGCAUGGCAAGCAUUGGAAGGGCGUGGAUGUCUUGGUGUUUAACACCUAUCUGUGGUGGAUGACCGGCUUGAAGUUUAAGAUCUUGCAAGGUUCCUUCGAUGAUGAGGUGAAAGAUAUCGUGGAGGUACCAACAACAGAGGCUUAUCGCAUGGCAAUGAAGACUAUGUUGAGAUGGGUGCGGAGGAACAUGAACCCCAAGAAGACGAGGGUCUUUUUCACUAGCAUGUCGCCUUCUCAUGGAAAGAGUGUAGAUUGGGGAGGUGAAUCAGGAGGUAACUGUUACAAUCAAACUACUCCGAUUGAAGAUCCUAACUAUUGGGGUUCAGAUUCCCGGAAAAAUAUAAUGGAGGUGAUAGGAGACGUGUUCGGUAAAUCAAAGGUGCCCAUUACAUUUCUCAACAUCACCCAACUCUCAAGCUAUCGCAGAGAUGCACACACAGCAAUCUACAAGAAGCAGUGGAAUCCACUGACUCCAGAGCAAUUAGCAAACCCUGUUAGCUAUGCAGAUUGUGUACAUUGGUGUUUGCCUGGCCUUCAGGAUACUUGGAAUGAGCUUCUAUUUGCCAAGCUUUUCUACCCUUGA